GCCUCUUCUUCUACUCCUUCUUCUUCUUCUUCUUCUUCUGCUACUCCUCCUCCUCACUACACUGCGAUCACUUCACAACAUUCCAUAAAACCAUAACCAAUCUCUCUCUCUCUCUCUCUCUCUCUCUGAGUCGUCCUCCAUCACCAAACUCGUAACACGGCAUUGUCUCGAAGCUCGAACUAGUUCGACAGAGUUCAAUUCCGACGACGGCGGGAGCCGAGCCGGAUAGGGAACCCGCUGGGAAAUGAAGCCGCCGCCGCCGCCGAUACGCAGGAUGCUCCGGUCGAAGCUUCCCCAGAGGAGGCGGUCGCAGUUCUCUCCCCUUCCUUGCUUCUCGCGCGACUCCACCAUCUCCGCUUCCGUGGAUUCCAGCUACCUGGACGGCGAAGCCUCCGUCGGGAGCACUCGGAAGCGGCGAUCGGAUGCUGCUGCCGGAGGCGGCGACUGCGAGCUCAGGAGAGCGGCGAGGCCGUCGUGCAGGCGGCGGGCGGAGGGCGAAGGCGGAGCUGCUGGAGCUGUCGCGGAGGCCUCGGUGUCGGAGACGUGCUCCGGUUCGUCUUUCGAGGUCGAUUCCAGAGAGGAGAGCUCCGAGUUGAAGGACACCGGAGCCUGCCGCGGUUUGGAGGAAUUCAGAGAGAAUGCGGCUUCGGAGUCGAUCGCGCGGUCGGAGAUCUCUUGCGUUCACCAGCAUGAGCCGGCGACGUCCGGUGAGCUCUCCAGCGAAUUGUCGAGGAACAGAAAUGCUGAAAAUGAGGUCGUCUCUCGUCCGUCUUUCGUUGACUUGUGCUCUAAGGCAACUAGCGGUUUCCGAUUUGCCGAAUUGGAGGACGACACGCUUGCAGUCGAAUGCCAUGAGAACAGAGCAUCGUCGGAGAUCUUCUCCGAAACGUCAAAAGAUCACGUCGCCGGUUGUUUACCCGCUUCAAAGUCGGAAUCGACUGUCGAUCAAAAGCCAAGCUACAUCAAUUACGACGCUGACCUCGCCUGCACAGAGCAAAUCCCGUACGACGGCAUCUCGGACUACUCUUCUGAUCUCGAUCUCGACUCAUUCUCCGAGCUACAAAAGGAGCUAUUCGAGGAAAACUCGGACGAAUACUCCUCCGAGUACAUUCUGUCGAUUUCCUCUGAAUCUGGACCUGAGUUCUCCGAGAAAUCAGAUGAAGAUUCGAAUCCUUCUCCAACCUUCUCUUUGCUCAUCCAGUACAGGGAGCAAUUUUUGAGAUCGAGUACCCGUUCAGACAACCGCAAAGCUUGGAGUCUCAUUUCCCAAGUAAAUCAUGGGUGUGGCGACGAGGAGGAUGCGGAGAGCUACCAGCUGUUGAGAAACAGAGAGAGGAGAGAAGUCUUCUUGCGGAACUACGUCGAGGAAUACGGUGAGCCCGUGCUCAAGGAAAGGACACGAAUGGUUCACUGGAUAAUUGAGCAAUCUACUGCAAGAGAGCUCCACAACGAGACUUUGUUUCUAGGGGUGAGCCUCUUUGACAGAUUCUUUAGUAAAGGAUACUUCAAACAGCGAAGGAACUUUCAAAUUGCUGGAAUAGCCUGUCUCACCCUAGCCACCAGGAUUGAGGAGAAUCAACCUUACAACAGCGUAAGACAAAAGAACUUCCGUGUGGGGAGUGACAACUACAGCAGAUGCGAAGUGGUGGCAAUGGAGUGGUUGGUACUAGAGGUUCUCAACUUUCAGUGUGCAUUGCCUACCAUGCACAACUUCUUAUGGUUCUACUCAAGAGCUGCAAGAGCUGAUGCUAGAGUGAAUAAGAGGGCCAUAAACUUGGCAGCUUUAGCUCUGCUAGACCAUGAGCAGCUGUCCUACUGGCCUUCCACAGUUGCAGCUGCGCUGGUCAUCCUGGCAUCAGUGGAAGAUGCAUCCUGCAAGCGAGUCAUGCAGACUCAUCUCGGAACAGAAGGUGAUGAUAUAGUGAGAUGCAUAGAGAGCUUGCAGUGGGUAGCAAAGUACAUUGCAGAAGUAGCAGAUUAGCGACGCCGUAAAUCAGCCUUAUGUUCAAUUAAACUCUCUGCUUUCCAUUAUAUCCAUACAAAUUGAUUGAUUAAAAAACAUUCUUUUCAUAUACUACAGAAGUUCAUUAUGUCUGAAGCCCGAGUGGGCAAUACAUUAGAUGAAAUACAAUUCUUUUAUUCUGUUUUAA